AUGGACGCAAGCGACAGCGAUUUCGACGACUUGAUCGGGUUCUUGGCGCCCGAAACGAGAUUGGACAUACGUCGGACGGCGCUGCAGUACGUGCUCGAGGCCAGUUCCAAGAUGAUCGACAAUGCUUCAACAAAAUUCUACCUGAGGGACGAUGCGGCGUUGGGAAACAAGUUGCCGCUGGCCCUUCAAUACUACGAGGGGUCACGCGAGUCGGUGCCGGAAAUACGGCAAAAGUUGGUGGAGGCGCUUUACCAGUUGUGCUCCACGAAACAUGGACGGUGUUCUUUGCGGAAGAAGGGCGCCUAUGCGUUGUUGCGCGAGUUGGACAAGGCUACAAGUGAAAAGAGGCCUGACCCGAAUGCCCCGCCGCCAAAGAUGAAGCCGCCAACGCUACUAGCUCAGGAAGAACACACGUUGCACGCGCUGAUCGGCAUCCUGAUCCGCUACGAGGAGGACCUGGGCAUCGACACCGAGGCCGUCCACUCACUGAAGCAGCUCGAA